AUGCAUCGCGCCAUCUUCAUCUUCCCUCUUCUCUUGCUGGCCAAUCCAGUAUCAGCGGUGACAUGGUACUUCCUUCGGUACUACCCCGCGUCCGGUCAGAAGCUCACCUCUUUCUCGGGCGAGAUGGUAAUCCCAUCACUUCCGCGCGUCGGUGUUUACUAUCUCUGGCCAGGCUUACAACCAACCGAUAACUCUGGCGUGUACCAAAACGUUCUCGAUGGCCGGAGUGGAACAUGGUGGCUCGGGUCCGGGUGGUGCUGCUCUAACCCGAGUCUUCCUUGGGGCGGAGGCUUCAACACAUAUGGCGGGGAGACGAUUUCGUUCCAGAACACCCUCAAAUCGGAUAAUUCGGCAUGGACCAGCACUGUGACGAGACAAACUGGAGGUCAGGUUGUUAACAACGACUUCGCUCUGGCCGACAAGUCUUUCAACCAAGCGCUCUUUGCUAUUGAGUUGUACGAUGUCCCAUGGGACUUUGGUCCACUAGCAUUCAACAACGUUGUAAUCACAUCCGCCGGUAGCUCAGACUCAAGCUGGUGCAACAGCUUGCCGCAAAAUUACAACUCGGCAACCAACUAUACCAUCACCGGUACCAGUGCUAGUGUGAGCGGUGAUACUGUCACUUGCAGUAUCCAGUCGGUUGUACUACACGCGCCAACAUGA